GACUUUUAGGAAAAGGCGUUGCUGCUGUUUUCGGACGGCUGCCCGAAUUGGUCAGCAUGCAUAUGCAAUCCAUCUGCGAUAGUUUAGAAGUUCCUUUCAUUGACUCUCGUUGGGAUUACUGGCUCAAGAGGGAUCAUUUGUCUAUUAACCUCUAUCCGCAUCCUAGCGUAUUAAGCAGCGCUUUUAUCCAUCUUAUAAACAUCUGGGGAUGGAGAGAUUUCUUUCUAGUUUACGAAGAAGAUGAAGCAAUAGUCCGAAUGAAAGAAUUUUUGAUAGAAGGCGAAAAAACAUUGAAAGAAGACUCAGAUGUCGAAACGGAAAAAUCGGAAAACAAAGAUCCAAAGUGGAAGAUCAAAAUGUACCAAUUCAAUCGUACUUCCAGUUUUCGUGACACUUUUUGGCAGAUCAAACGAGCAGUAAAGACAAAUAAGGAUUUAUUAUUAAAUUAUCAUAUUGUACUUGAUGUCUCCAGGAAGAACUUAUAUACAGCUCUGAAAGCAGCUCAACAAGUCGGAAUGAUGACAGAAGAUCAAAAAUACCUCAUAGUUAGCUUGGAUUUGCAUACUAUUGAUAUGGAGGACUUCCAGCACACGAAAGCGAACAUUACCAGUUUGAGAUUAGUACAAGAUGAGAUGCCUGAUUUUCAGAAUAUAAUGUUGGAAGUGAAUCACAGACUGUCACAAAGAAGCCAUGAGCCCCUCAAAACACUCAAGACAGAAGCAGCAUUGGUUUAUGACAGCGUUCUUCUUUUUUCCCAUGCCCUGGAGCAAAUGAAUCAGGCGAAGAACAUUACCAGCAUCCCACCUGUUUCUUGUAAUUCCAUGAAUAAAGGAAUCGAUGGAACAAGUCUCAUUAAUUUUAUGAAAAGCGAAAACUUCCAGAUACCUGGUUUGACUGGUUUAAUAGAAUUUGACGCAGAAGGCUACCGAUCAGUGGUUUCAUUUGAUGUUAUGUAUGUCACAUCGAACGGCCUACAGAAAAUUGGAUCUAUAUUACCAGGAAACAGAAUUAACAGACUUACGAGUAUUAAUAUCACUGCACCAGGUUCUUCUGAAUUCCAGUAUCUGGAAUUGGAAUAUUCCCACUUUAGAGUAACAACAUUCUUGAGUGAUCCUUACGCCAUGCUUCGAGAAUCACCAACGCAAAUGAAAGGCAAUGACCGUUUCGAAGGCUAUGGAAUAGAUCUGCUGAACGCCCUUGCGGAUCUAUUGCAUUUCACGUACGAGAUUCAUGAAGUCAAGGACGGGAAACACGGCGCAUACAAUGAAACGACCGAUUACUGGGAUGGCAUGAUUGGCGAGAUCGUGCGUGAGGAAGCUGAUUUAGCUGUUGCUGAUUUGACCAUCACAGAAGCCAGAUUGAAAGGUGUGGACUUCACAUUGCCUUUCAUGCAGACCGGUAUCAGCAUCCUCUUCAAAAAACCAACUGAAAAAGUGACAUCUUUAUUAUCUUUUUUGUCCCCAUUCUCCGGAGAAGUAUGGCUUCUUGUCCUGGCUGCAUACACUUUCAUCAGCCUCAGUUAUUUCUUUGUAGGUAGGCUAAGUCCUUACGAGUGGUUCAACCCUCAUCCUUGCCGAACAGAGAAUUUGGUGGAAGAAAACGUCUUUAGCUUGUUGAAUAGCAUGUGGUUUGCCAUAGGCUCAUUUAUGAGACAAGGCUCGGAUCUUGCACCAAUCGCUCCAUCCACUCGUGCCGUAAGCAGCACUUGGGCUUUUUUCUGCCUGAUCAUGAUUUCUUCUUAUACUGCCAAUCUGGCUGCUUUCCUCACUGUAGAGAAGUUAGUGUCGCCAAUAGAAAAUGUUGAAGAUCUGGCUAAUCAAGAAAAGAUUAAAUAUGGAUGCCUACAUGGUGGAUCUACCAGUGGUUUCUUUAAAAAAUCCAACAUAACCACCUAUCAGAAAAUGCAUAAAUUCAUGGAAAAACACGCCAAGGAAGUAUUUGUAACAAGCAAUACAGAAGGAAUUGAGAAAGUCAAAAAAGGCAACUACGCAUACUUGAUGGAAGCCACAUCCAUUGAAUAUAAUACUGAACGUGAAUGCAAUCUUACUCAGAUUGGAGGCCUUUUGGACUCGAAAGGUUAUGGAAUAGCCGUUAAGAAAGGAAAACGCAAACUUCGGAACUGGCUAACAGGUGGAAUUUUGCGGCUUCAGCAAGAUGGUAUACUCCAUAACAUCAAAGAACGCUGGUGGAAACAAAAGAAAGGUGGUGGCAUUUGCUCGCAAACAACGAAAGCUUCAGGAACAGUUAAUGAACUGGGAUUAGGGAACGUUGGAGGCGUUUUCGUGGUUAUGCUACUCGGAUUAUUUCUCUCAGCCUGCGUUGGCGUAGCCGAGUUUUUCUGGUUCCAGAGGAAACUGAGAAGGGAUACAGAGAUAUCCUUGUUAAAACUACUGAUGGGAGAACUUAAAUAUGCUGUUACAUGUGGCAGCUCAUCAAAAUCAGCACCUAAACUAAAAACACAGUCUAAAGAUGAAGUAACUAGGGCUUUUCCCGGUUACAGUUCACUUCAGUAACCUUAAUAUAUUCUCGGUUUCCUUUUUUACACAAAUUUCUAUAAUACCUCAAGAUUUUGUUUUAUAAUUUUCUGAAAGAUUUGUCUGUGAUUUGUUUUUUCAAAACAUUCAAUAAAAUACUAUUUAAGCUGUAA